AUGAACAAACUAUCUUCGCUUUCAGUUUUUGAUCCGCCCUUUAUAACACCACCGACGGAUCGUAGAACAGAGCGUCUGAAUACAAGUAUGGUUUUAAAAGGCGUAAGGACAAACAUGAAGCCAGUCAAGACACCGAGUCUUACAAAAAAACGGGUAGCAUUAGCUUUUUUCUAUCAGACUGCCGAAGAUUGGAACGCUUUACCAGAAACGGUUGUUGCAGCACGUACUCUCGAACAAGAAAGUGAUAAGACCAGACCAAGAGGAUCUGUUUUUUCUAUUGAUCCGACAAACAGUAAAUCUUGGUCUGGUCUUGUAAAUUUUGAGGAACAAACACUGGCCAGAGGGGAACCAUGGCCUCAUCCACAACAAAUAAACACCACUCAACAACAUUUAUCUGUUCACCCAGAUACAUUUCAGUUUUUAAUCAAUGACUCUAGCCAACACUGUGAUUUACUAAGAAAUGCAUUUGAUCGAUAUUAUCGAUUGAUAUUUUUUUCACAAAAUCAUGUCAGAUUUAUUCUAAAUAAACCAUUGUAUGAGAAUCAAUCUAUCAUUGAUUUUCCAAAAUCAUUGAAUGCACCUUUAUUAAAACGCCUGAAUGUUAACGUACGACAACCUAGCGAUCAAUGGCCAAAUUUAGAAUCAGAUGAAUCAUGUACGAUGAUUGUGCUUUAG